GUCUUGACAGUUCCUUAGCUAGUAGCAGUAAUGCUAAGAUUGGUCAACCAACGGGAAUAAAUGCUGUUAUGGAUAACAGGUGGGGAAACCGCUCCAAAUAUGACAGACUAUCUUUAACCGUUGUCAGCAAUUACCGAGACUCGAAGGAAGCUCGUGCAUAGGGGUAGACGGGUUUCACCAGCUGCUUAAGGCUCAGGAUCAUAUCGGGGCAGACUGACCACAUCAAACCGGAUGAAACUAGGUCGGGCUGAAUCAAACCAGACAGACCAGAGCAGAACGGAGCAGACCAGACUGAUCGAGACUAUACCCAGCCCGUCCACGAGGCCCGUUACAGUUUCCUAUCCAGUUGUGGGCUCCAGAGUGGAUGGAAGGAGAUGAUUUUAACACAGAGGCUGUGAUGAACAUCUGUGAUGACCUGAUGGCAGACCAAAGGAUGGACAUCUCGUCUACAAUGACUGACUUCAUGUCCCCGGGGUCCACUGACCUCAUCUCCAGCUCCAUCAGCACUCCUAGCAUGGACUACACCCGCAAGAGGAAGGGCAGCACUACUGAUUACCAAAUUGAUGGCUUCUCAUUUGAUGACAUGGACCCAGACAAAGAUAAACUGGGAAGUGACCAACAGGGCAGGAUUAAGAAUGCCAGAGAGGCUCACAGCCAGAUCGAGAAGCGUCGCAGGGACAAGAUGAACAGCUUCAUCGACGAGCUGGCGUCACUGGUGCCAACCUGUAACGCCAUGUCCCGCAAACUAGACAAGCUGACGGUCCUGCGCAUGGCUGUCCAGCACAUGAAGACACUCCGAGGUGCAGCCAACCCCUACACAGAGGCCAACUACAAGCCUUCCUUCCUCUCAGAUGAUGAACUGAAGCACUUGAUAUUAAGGGCUGCUGAUGGUUUCCUGUUUGUGGUUGGGUGCGACCGCGGAAAGAUCCUCUUUGUUUCCGAAUCAGUCUACAAGAUCCUCAACUACAGUCAGAACGACCUGAUAGGUCAGAGCCUGUUUGACUACCUACACCCCAAGGACAUUGCCAAGGUCAAGGAGCAGCUGUCCUCUUCCGAUACGGCCCCACGAGAGAGACUCAUUGACGCUAAAACUGGUCUUCCAGUCAAGACCGACAUCACCCCCGGCCCAUCUAGACUCUGUUCUGGAGCCAGACGGUCGUUUUUCUGCAGGAUGAAGUGCAACAGGCCCUCUGUCAAAGUAGAGGAUAAAGACUUUCCUUCCACCUGCUCUAAGAAAAAAGCGGACCGUAAGAGCUUCUGCACUAUUCACAGCACGGGAUACCUAAAGAGCUGGCCGCCCACCAAGAUGGGUCUCGACGAGGACAAUGAGCCCGACAAUGAGGGCUGCAACCUGAGCUGCCUUGUAGCCAUAGGCCGCCUGCACCCCCACAUUGUCCCCCAACCCAGCCUGGCAGACAUCAGGGUAAAGCCCACAGAGUACGUCUCGCGGCACGCCAUAGACGGCAAAUUUGUCUUCGUUGACCAGAGAGCCACAGCCAUCCUAGCCUACCUGCCCCAGGAGCUGCUGGGAACCUCCUUCUAUGAGUAUUUCCACCAGGAUGACAUUGGCCACCUGGCAGAGUGCCACAGACAAGUGCUGCAGAUGAGAGAGAAGAUCAACACCAACUGUUACAAAUUCAAGAUAAAAGACGGCUCUUUCAUCACGCUGAGGAGCCGAUGGUUUAGCUUCAUGAACCCCUGGACCAAGGAGGUGGAGUACAUUGUCUCCACCAACACUGUUGUGUCGUGUCCUAUGAUGGAAGGAUCGGAUUAUCCUCAAUCUGCUGCUUCACCACAGAGUAUGGACAGUGUUCUCACCUCAGAGGGUGGAGGAAGGCGGGCACUGCAGACGGUCCCUGGCAUCCCCGGUGGCACAAGAGCAGGAGCCGGCAAAAUUGGACGCAUGAUUGCAGAGGAAGUGAUGGAGAUCCAGAGGAUUCGAGGCUCCUCCCCCUCCAGCUGUGGCUCCAGCCCUCUGAACAUCACCAGCACCCCUCCACCUGACACAUGCUCCCCAGGGGGCAAGAAGAUUCAGAACGGAGGGACACCCGAGCAGCCGAGCACAGGGAUCAUUCCUGGCCCUGAUUCUGUAGGCUACCCCUACUCCAACCAGUCCAUCAUGAGUGACAACUCCCACCUAAGUAUAGACAUCAUGGACGAGCCUGGUUCCAGCAGCCCCAGCAACGACGAGGCAGCCAUGGCGGUCAUCAUGUCCCUGCUGGAGGCGGACGCUGGCCUGGGCGGCCCCGUCGACUUCAGCGACCUGCCCUGGCCUUUGUGAGGAAGUUAAAAGGAAAGAAGGAAAGGGGGAGAGGGAUACUCCCUCUUUAGCACCAGAGCCACUGAUGAAAGAGUUUAGUCAGGUUGAAUUCUGUCUGUCAUGUUUCCUGCCCUCUGUACACAACUACACUGCAAAGAACCUUAGCACAUUUUAAUAGAAAAGGCUGUAGAUAAUGAAGAUUUGUAUUACACACAAGACUGUAGGUAGACCUUGGAUUCCAUGGAUUUCCUCCCCAAAUGAUGUGUUAAGAUGAUCCACUUUGCAGUGUUAGUUGUCUCGUCACGGUUAGAGACCAUUACUCUAACAACAGUCCAGAAAAUGGCAUCUCAAGUUAUGGGAUUGCGGUGCUAACAUGUCUACUGAUGGACUGAACUCUGUCUAACAGUGGCUCUGGGCUCUGUCAUUGCCAGCUCAACAGCCAACGCCAAACCAACACAGAACUCCUGAGACAUUCAUAGAUGGUGGUUGAAGUUUGAUGUGGGGCGGAGUGGUGUUGGGUGGGGAGCGCUUGAUUUCUGACUCCUCCCGCAGCCCUCUCAACAUCUCUAACUGUAUGUCCGAGUCUCCUCGAAGGAUGUUGGUGCCGUACAAACACGGCUGUGGUUGCACUCCCCUCCAAAAAUUGCUUUAUUUUUAGACGGCUGAUCUCCAGCAUGGGAAAUGAACACACAACCGUUAUCCUCUGGUCAUUUGCUCGGAAGAUUCGUAGAGGUCCUUUAUUCCCAAGCCGCAGAAUUCCACAAGCCGAUAGUAUUUCAGUUCAUUUAAAUAAUGACAAAAUCCUUUUGGAAAAAGCCACCUAGCUGCUGUUUCCUUAACUAACGUAAACUUUAUCUUGUUUUUCUAUAAGCUACUCAUCCUCACUAAAUUAUAUUUUCUGUAUUUUUCCUGUAAGUUAAAUUUGAAAGCUAUCAAAAAUAAUACUCCUAAAGCUCUUGCUGUCAUAUGACUUGCUUAGUAGAGGUCUUCACAAGUAAAAAAUGAUGGACUCCAUUGGAAUUGAACCAGUGCAACACCUAACAUGAUGUGCAUAAAUAGAUUUGUAUGCAACGCAAGGACACUCGGACCUGAUCCAAAAUUUUAUUCGAUCCAAACAUACCAAAAUAGAGACACUGGCAGCAUGAUGCGCCACCAGUUAAUAUAGUUAAAAGAUGAAGUAACUAAGAACUUGAACUUCCAUGUUUCUGGACCCAUACAGCCUGUGAAUCAGAGUCCCUAUCUGACUGACUGUCCUGGCCACAUAAGUGGCAGGAAAAUAAUCAUAUCGGACCAUUUUCCCUUUACUCAGAUGAAUGUAUUCAUUGUUUAACAACCAUUGCUUUUAUAAUGGUUGUGUGUGUGAUGAAGUUUCUUUGGGCCAUUGUGCAUUGCCUGACCUGCGAUUCCGACCUGCCACUACACCAAAAUCACCUCACAGCACUAAUCCUGGACGGUUGAGCUGCGUCCCAAUCCCGUACUACAUACUAAUUGUAAGCAGGUUUUCACUAUGUAGUGUGUUCACACUGGAAAAGCUAUCAAAUAAAGUAUAUUUAAAACAGUCAGCAUGCAUAUUAAAAGCCCUGGAAUUUUUGAGUGUGCUUUUGAUGUGCACUUUUCUCCAAGAAGUCAAUGCUCAAAGGAAAUGGAGGAGCUGUUCAGAGCUAAAAAAAAAUCCAAAGUAAUUCUUGAUGAUCAAACAGCUUCAGAAAGACUUAAAGACAGGAAGACAGAAAACAAAAAUAGAUUCUGAAGUUGCAUUCAUAUUGACAUUAAAAGUCCUAAUAAUUUCUUGUAUACUAAAAAAUAAAAGCAGUAUAAAAUAACUAUAAAAAAAUAGUACAGAGUGUACUGUACAUGGUAUAUGGAAUUGGGACACAGCUUUGGCAUCAGGCCUGUCCAGGGUGUACCCCAUCUCACACCUAGUGCAUUCUGGGAUAGGCACCCUCCAAAGGAUAAUGGAUGAACUGUACAGUUUAUAAUCUGGUUGCCUCAAAAACAACAUUUUAAUGAUGAUUGUCAGCAAUAUAUUAAUGUGUCACAUGCAUAUGUGUGCAUGUGAUCAAAUCUAAAACCAAGUCGACUAGGAUCCACUUAGGCAAUACAACGGGUGCCUACACAACACAGUAUAAUUUGGACCCAGUUCAGUUAUUAGAAACUGUCUGGAACUGUGAAGACCUCUACUGCUUUGUUCUCUAGUGUUCUCCUGCACAUUUUAGCUGCAAAAUCUCUGAAGGUCCUUAACGAGUGUUGAUAGCGGGCAGUCAGCAGAAGAACUGUAGUGAAGCUCUGACUACUGUUUCAACAAAGAAUCAGACUUUAAUGGAGAAAAAGCGGAGGUUAAUUGAAUCUGGUGGGAGCAGCGGCUUAGUGUGCAGGUGUGUGUUCAUGGCUGUAACGGCACACUUGAUGUCUCUCUCAGAAGAGCUAUUCAACUGCAAACCAAGACAAUUUAAAUGCAAAAAUGUUCUUCACUGCCAUUUUACUAAGGUCUACUCCUCACAGACAGCUUUCUACAGGUAAACACAUGUUGGCAGGCUAAUUAGCAUCACCCAGCUAACCGAGAAACCUGUGCUCUGGGUGACAGGCUACCCAUCUACACCAAUACCCAUAUGAAGCACUUAAUAAUGCAGUCAGACUUUUCAGUUACUAAACUCUAUUCCUUCAUCAGGAGGGCUAACUCUGAUACAGCACAGGCCCAAGAAAGUUUUUUUUUUUUUUUUUGACUUAAUCUGAAUAAUUUAAAAAUGAAUCUUAAAUGUCCGCCAUCAGUACCUGGGCUGAAGUUUAUCCCUCAAAAAAUGAAAACCCGUAUAGCCACUUUCAAACUUGUUUUGCCGGUGUUGGGAGAAGUUAAAAAAUAAACACCCCCGAGUUAAAUUCUGCUGACAGAUUUACAGUAUUUUGAUUAAAAAAAAGAAGAAAUCUCUUUAGCACUUAAUACGCAGAUGUACUGUGGCUACAUUUAACUGUCAACCUUGUUAGGAGAGGUCUAUAACGUAGACGAGGCGAGUAUAAAAACCGAUACAUGUCCUAGAGAUGGAGGCGACAGUAAUCCUGCAGAGUAGGUCUUUGUAACGGGGAUAGAGCUAAUCAUGUCCUCUGACAGUUAACAAGGUCAGAAGGGACAGCCAGGGUGGAAUUCUUAAUUUCAGUGUCUGUCUUUCCUCUAUGAUAAUGAGUAUCCUCAACACAACAUUUACACCUCGCCAGCUUUCUGCUGCUCCCAGACAUAUAGAUGUACAGAUAUCUAUCUAGAUAUCCUAUAGAUAUACAGAUAUAAAUACAUACAUGCAUGCAUUGCAUACAUUGCAAUGCAAACAUCUUCUUUCUGUAUUAGAUUUAAAUAUCUGGCUUAAUAUCAGUCAGUAUCAAUUUGUGGCUGAACAUUUGGCACUCCUUCAAAAUGACAUUCUCUCCAUUUGGGAAUGCAAAUUGGUGCAAGUCAAAGAGCUGCAGCAGUUCCUGUGUUGCCCAUCUGUGUAAAUCCUUCAGUCAGUGUACACAGUUUGGUUGAAAAACUACUGUUGACAUUGAAAUACCUGGUGAGCUCAGGUUCCGCCCCCAGCCCCCCCCCCCCAUGUUUUCUUCCAAUCAGGCAGUAGCUGGCGAGGUCCCCUCUGUAUCUGUUCUAGUGGUUUUCUGUUUCAAUGUUUUUACGCUACACACUACAAUAAAGUGUUCCCCUUGUUGAUAUAGCCCUCCCCACCUGAUAAUAAUGUAUCAAAUCUUUAAAUAUUAUCAUGUUAAGAGUAUACUUUAUGCAAAUAUAUGAGUAUGAUGAGUGUAUUGUAUGUAUCAGCAGUGAAAUAUUUUUAAAAUAAAAUUAUUUGUUUCUGUCA